GAAGCAAGACAAGUCUAAACGAUAGACUUUCGUUUAGACUUGUUAAGGGUCGCGGUUAUUCACGGCAGCAGUCGGCAUGAGUUUCCUUUUCUUAUUAUUGGAAAACGAAACCUAAGUUUCUUCCGGGAUGACUAAAUAAGGAACAUGCACGCUCUAAAGCGUUAAAAAAUAAAAUUAAGGGCUAGGAAAGGGUUGGUGAUGUAAAUUAUUUUAGUCUAUGCUAUUUCUGAUGACGUGUGUCAACAGUUAUGAAUGGUUCUCCACGUAAUGGACAACACCAUAUAAGGUUUGAUGAUUUUGUAGAUAAGUUAAAGACUACAAACAUGGCCACUUUGCCAUUCCGCUAAAGCCAAGACAGACCAAAUGUUUCCCUUGGUAAACUAGAACGUGUAGGCGUGGCUUAUUUACAAUUCCUCCCACUUGCAAUAUAAACUGUUUGUUUAUCUGUGUUUGGGAGAUGCUUCAUGAACCACCUCCAGAACUCAAGCUCGUUUACCGUGUGUCUCUGUUAGAAUAAACCACGUGUUGAACAUUUACCACUCUCCGAGUCAUAGAGGAGGCACGAGACCGCCACACCACAAAGGAUCAAAAUAGUUUUUCAACAAUUGGGGAGCAAGCCCGGAAGGCCGCGAUCCGGACAACUCAACUUGGCGAGCCGGCACAGUCCGCCGCCCGGCCCACCGGCCGCAUGGAGGAGGACCCCGCCCGGCUGCCCUCCCACCUGCGUGAGUCUCACCUGCGCCACAGACAGACAGACAGACAGACAGACACGUCCUGCGUACUCAUUCAUGCACCCAGAUAAAACCGAGAUUUGUCUGCUCUUCCUCGAAGGCAACUGUAUCCACCCCAUAGAAAAAUGUUUCGGAGGUCAUUACAAGCUGCCUUACAGCUGGGAAGUUCUGGAGGGCAAUCAGUGGACGCUGCUGGACAGCUCAGAGAAGAUAGAAGAGGAUUACUGUAACCCCAAAGUAACAUACAGCACGGUGGAUGUAGAAGCAGUGUGCUUUGACACCAUGACACGUGGACUCCAGAAGGUCAGGCGUCUCUCCUCCAUCUCCUCGGUCCUCCAGCCCACCUUCCUACUCACCACAAAGUGGCUCUGGUACUGGGAGGAAGAGGAUGGGAACUGGAACCAGUACGAUUCACCGACCAGCACAGAGCUGGAGCAGAAGUUCCAGAACAACCCCCAGGAGGUGUUGGAGUUCACCGCAGGGUCCCAUGCCUACACACUCAGCCUCCAGGACAUGAUUCAGACCAAUAAGAGAUACAGCACCAAGAGGCUGGUGAGGCGACGGCCUCGCUUCCUGUCCUCCGCCAACGUGCAGGACAUCAGGACAAGAGCUGGUGCUACUGGUGGUGCUGGUAGUAGUGCUGGUGUUGUUGCUACUGGAGGUGGUGAAAGGACAAGCCCGCCCCAAGAUAAAAUCGAGAUUUGCUUGUUUUUCCUCGAAGGCAACUGUAUCUACUCCAUAGAAAAGUGUUUCGAAGCUCAUUACAGUCUGCCUUACAGCUGGGAAGUUCUGGAGGGCUAUCAGUGGAUGCUGCUGGACAGCUCAGAGAAGAUAGAAGAGGAUUACUGUAACCCCAAAAUAACAUACAGCACGGUCGAUGUAAAAGUGGUGUGCUUUGACACCAUGAUGCGUGGACUCCAGAAGGUCAGGCGUCUCUCCUCCAUCUCCUCAGUCCUCCAGCCCACCUUCCUACUCACCACCGAGUGGCUCUGGUACUGGGAGGAUGAGCAUGGGAACUGGAACCAGUACGAUACACCGCCCAACAGCAGCACAGAGCUGGAGCAGAGGUUCCAGAACAAUCCCCAGGAGGUGGUGGAGGUCAUCGCAGGGUCCCAGACCUACACACUCAGCCUCCAGGACAUGAUCCAGACCAAUAAGACAUACAGCACCAAGAGGCUGGUGAGACGACGGCCUCGUUUCCUGUCCUCCGCCAACGUGCAGGACAUCAGGACAAGAGCUGGUGCUACUGGUGGUGCUGGUAGUAGUGCUGGUGUUGUUGCUACUGGAGGUGGUGAAAGGACAAGCCCGCCCCAAGAUAAAAUCGAGAUUUGCUUGUUUUUCCUCGAAGGCAACUGUAUCUACCCCAUAGAAAAGUGUUUCGGAGCUCAUUACAGGCUGCCUUACAGCUGGGAAGUUCUGGAGGGCUAUCAGUGGACGCUGCUGGACAGCUCAGAGAAGAUAGAAGAGGAUUACUGUAACCCCAAAAUAACAUACAGCACGGUGGAUGUAAAAGUGGUGUGCUUUAAAACCAUGACGUGUAGACUCCAGAAGGUCAGGCGUCUCUCCUCCAUCUCCUCGGUCCUCCAGCCCACCUUCCUACUCACCACCGAGUGGCUCUGGUACUGGGAGGAUGAGCAUGGGAACUGGAACCAGUACGAUUCACCACCCAACAGCAGCCCAGAGCUGGAGCAGAAGUUCCAGAACGACCCCCAGGAGGUGGUGGAGUUCACCGCAGGGUCCCAGACCUACACACUCAGCCUCCAGGACAUGAUCCAGACCAAUAAGAGAUACAGCACCCAGAGGCAGGUGAGGCGACGGCCUCGGUUCCGGUCCUCCUCCGACGUGCAGGACGACAGGACAAGUAAAUGGCCUCCAAAUGGUCCAUCAUAUGUCCAAGCUUUUCCCAGCACCUGGGACGAGUCCCAGGUUCCUGAGAUUGGACACAAGAAAGUACUGCUGCAAGAUUCGUCCAAAGAAUACAAGGAGGUGGAGACGCUGUUUCGUCAGACGAUGACCGCCUUUGACAUCGUGAAGAUCGAGAGGAUUCAGAACAAGAGUCUCUGGCACCAAUAUCAGUUGCAAAGGAAACAAAUGAAGACGAGGAACGGCGGGCAUUCCGUGGUCGAGAAGAAGCUGUUCCACGGCACAGACUCCAAGUUCAUCGACCCUAUCUGCUGCUCGAACUUUGACUGGAGGAUCUGCGGAACCCACGGGACCAUCUUGGGCAAGGGCAGUUACUUUGCCCGGGACGCCAGCUACUCCCACAAAUACACCGGGAACACCUCGACGGUCCGCUCCAUGUUUGUGUCCCGGGUGCUGGUGGGUCACCACACCCGGGGCUCGGCUGACUACGUGCGCCCCCCCUCCAAGGACGGCGGGGACACCCUCUUCUACGACAGCUGCGUGGACAACAUCCGUUCACCGUCCAUCUUUGUCGUCUUCGACCGGCCUCAGAUCUACCCGGCGUUCCUGCUCACGUACCAGGCGAAGGCUGCGGUCGUGGGCAACUCGUUGUCUGGGUUACUGGUCGCCAUCCCCGCCGCCCCGGUGGUGAAACCCACGCCUGUGGUAAUACCCACACCUGUGGUGAUACCCACACCUGUGGUGAUACCCACACCUGUGGUGAUACCCACACCUGUGCCCAGAACCACGCCCCCUCAGCAGUUCCUUGGCGCUUCCUCGUACUUCUUUGUCCCGCCACUACAGCCCUACCAUCCCCUCACAACAGCCCUACCCAGCCCCCCCCCGCCCACGUCUGUGCCCAGAGCCACGCCCACACAGCUGUUCCCUGGUGCUUCCACGUACCUGAAAAACGUCUCUCUGCCACUUCUUUACCCCCCCUUCACAACAGCCUUACCAAGCCCCCCCCCGCCCAUGCCUGUGCCCAGAGCCACGCCCCCACAGCUGUUUCCUGGUGCUUCCACUUACCUGACAUCGUCUUUCUGCCACAUCUCUACUGCCCCCUCACAACAGCCCUACCCGCCCCCCCCCACCCCGCCUGCGAGCUCCUGCCCUCAGACCCAACAGGGGUUCCAGGGCAUGUCCAAGAGAAUGCGAGAGAAGGCAUCGGCCACGGACGACUGGCACAGUGUCCCGGGUGUCGCGCCGGAGGUGAAGCGCCAGCGCCUGUGACCAGAGCCACGCCCCGCAACAGCGGUUCCGUGGUGCUUCCACAUACUUGAAAAAUGUCCCUUUGCCACAGCCCUACCGUCCGCUCACAACAGCCCCCCCUCACCCCGCCUGCGAGCCACAGUCCCCAGCGGUUCCCCGGCCCCUUCACAUACUCGUCAGCCGUUCCUCCGCCACACUCCUACCGACCCCUAACAACAGCCGCCCGCCCCCGGCCUAUCGGCCUCAGACCUACCCGGAGUUCCUGCUCACGUACAACAGAAAGUGUGAGAAGGCGUCGGCGACUGGUACAGUGUCCCGGCCACCACGCCGGUGGCGAAGCCCACACGCCUGUGCCCAGAGCCACGCCCGCACAGCGGUUCCCCGGCGUACCCAUUCACGUACUUGAAGGCCUUUCCUCCAACAAAGCCCUACCACCUCCCUCCCGCCUUCCAGAUUUAGCCCCCUGCCCCCAACAUACCUAUUAUUCCAAUUAUGCAAAAUACACAAAGAAAAUACUUUAUGGGAACCGUGGGUUACAUAUAGGAAAUUUUGUAAAGUGUUUAAAAAAGCAAUUAACGGUGGCAAACUUGAAGAAAAAUACUUGGAUAUAAACGUGCAAAGUACAAUACAAAUCAGGCGCAUGCCUUCCAUAUGGGCAGGUGGGGAAGCGAACUCCCUGCAAAAGCAUGCUCCCAAAAAAAUAGUUCCUCAUUGCUCCAAGCUUAUUUUUAAUAAUAUUUUCAAAUUAACUACCUAUAGUUUCUGUAGGCUUUUCAGAUAUUUUUGGUCUGUUGGCAUCAAAUUUUGGAUGAUGGGGGCGAUUCUAGUUGAGUUUAACGUGUCAUGCGAUGUUGGGGCAGGGCAGCUCAGCAACCUCGUCCCUCCGUAUGUUUCUCGCAUAACCCUGCAGGCUGCAAUAAGAAUUGCAAUCCGCACUAUAAGACGCCCGUAUGGUUGAAAAGUAGUCUGCCCCAUGGUCAUAUUCUAGGAGUGUUGUUGUUUUAACUCGAAUUAUUCCGCCAGUAUCGACCUGCCGACAUUCCUCUCUGUGAAAAUGUGCAAAUUUCCCGACUCGUGUGCAAAUUUCCCGACUCGUCCUCUGAGGGGCUGGACUGGGUUGCCCCGCCCAUUCUCCCGGCAAUUUGAGUUCGCCAUGCACAAGGGUCUUGAGAAGAGCAAUACAUUUCUUUCUGCUUCCGAAACGUUUUUUGCGGGAGCCAAUCACCAUGCUGGCUUUUCCCCUUGGUGCACUAUUGGCUGACGAUGACGACAGGGAAGCGACGGCAAGCAGCCAAUCGUGUACAGAGUCAGUUGAACUAGGCCCGUUGAUCACGCCUCUGGUGCUGAAGAAAUUGACAGCAGCUUAUAACCCGUCAAGAUAAUAACACAAAAGGAAAUAAUGGGUUGUAUGACAUUCAGAAACCAAUCGACCAACAACUUACCUCUGAGUUGUGUUUGCAACUGUGCUUAGUUGUCCUUUAUAUCUCUAUUGUAUUACAACUUUUUAUCUCUACAUCAAUAAAAAAAUUAUAAUGGAUGAAUCGAUAACAAUUCAUGAUGCUGUUUAUUACCCUUGUUUACAACAUGCAUGUACCCUCAGCCAUCCCGGAAAACCCUUCUAUGGUUGGACGUCGACGCAACGCAACGACCACCUAUCUGCUCGCUCUGACUCCGUCGUGAACCUUUUUUGGUCCUGCGUCGGGUUUACGUUAGUGGACCAAUCACAGCCCUUGCUACUGCGUUGCAUCGACGCAAGGUUACAAUUUUUGUGAGGCGCCACCAUCGCAAGGCCUGACGUGCGCCUCCAAAAACAGGUAACCUUGCGUCAAGGCAUGCCGCAAAUGUCCUUCAAUGUAUCUUAAUGGUCGCCAUAACAUAAGUUCAGAAAUGUCUUGGAUGCUGCAUGCCAACUGGCAUAUUAUUGACACCUGUUGUUUGUGUCAUCUUUUGUGUUUAUAUCCACACAUCGGCUGCUUAUAGCAGCAAGCGACUUGAUUGGCUGCUGUUUGGUAGAUUUCUGCUUCCCUCCUCACCUCACAGACCCAGAGCUACGCCCCUUUAUUUCCCCCUUCAUUUUCCCAAUUAGCCCAUAUCAAUCAGUUAAUUACUCCCUGCCCUGCCACACACUAUUUAAGCCUCACUUGUGACCACACCCCUUUCCUUUGUUCAGAGACACUGAACACCUUGAGAGCUCUACCUUGAACUCCUUGUGUGCGCAUACAAAGAAUCUGAGUUGUUUUGUGGUCAAUGAAUUUUGUUAUGUAACCUUAAAAGGCUUCUACGAUUUA